GAGCCAAAUCCAUGGAUCAAAAAACGGCUUCACCAAGUAAAGAUGCAGUCCCUCAGACGGAUGCCUACAUGGGACUCUGCAACUCCCUCACAUACCGGUUUGAAGGGUGGAGGCAUCUAGUGGAAAACCUGAUUUCAUUCUUUAAGCAACUUGAGUCUCUGUCGAAAACAACGUCUAAAGAAUACCUUAAAUUAAGCAAAACAAUCACUCACCCUUCGAAAGAUGUGAACAUUUUUGAUGAACACGGAGUGCAAGAUGUUUUUGCAGCUCUGCGAGACCAGACGGCUGCUAUUUCCACUGAUAAUGAACAAUUAUCUAUUCAGCUUCCUGGAGCUAUUAUAAAAAUUCUAGAAUUGCUUCGGGAUGAUUUGAAAGAGCACUGUAAAAAAAUCAAUGCUGACGGUACCAAGGGCGUAAAGGGUGUUGAAAAGCAGCGUUCGGAAUCCCAGAAGUUUUUAGUGCUAUUGGACCGUGUUUUGCUACCUUGGGGUGGUGAAAGCCCUCCUUCUGUAAAUGUUAAAAAUGAUCCUUUUAUCGUUGAUCGCCUUGUUCUCAACUCUUUAGCACGUCAAGUAGCCGAAGAAAACAAUCACGUUCAUUCUGUAGCUCAAAUCCAGGAGCUUUCGUUUCGUUUUGAGCAAAAUACCAUCUCGAAAAUCAAGGAUAUCGUGCGUCAGUUCGAAUUACUUAUGAACCAAACCUUUACCAAAUCAAUUAAUCACAUACGCGAAAUUUUGCAAGUCUCCGAAGCUCAGAGCUUAACCGGUGAGUGGUCUUCAUAUGCCAAACGCGAACCAGAUUUUAUUAAAGGUUCUGUGGCACCUCGAAUCUAUUCUGAAUUGCCGUACCCUGGUAAAAACAAACCACCCACAGUUCCAAUUAUUGCCGGUUACCUGAUCCGCAAAACUACAAUUAUGAAGAAAAAACAGAGAGGAUUCUAUGCUUUCACUCGUUCAGGUUACCUUUACGAAUUUAAGUCCUCAGAUCCUCAGGUGGAUCCUGAACCCGAGUUUGCCUUGUAUAUACCCCAUUCUUUAAUUGGUCGUCCCUCAGACAAAAAGGCAAAAUUUAAAAUCACUGGAAAGGAUGCUACAAACAAAGUGUUUGGAUCGCGUUCAGACUACUCUUUCUGCGCUAGUAAUCAAGUUGAAUUAAUGAAGUGGUGGGAAGCCUUAAAUACCUAUAUAUCCGGAUACCAUCAACCCGCCGUUAGACAAGAAAAUAUCCGCCAACCUGCUGAGGCUGUCCCUGAAAGCGAUGAUGAUGACGAUGAUGAUGAUGAUGACGAAUUCCAACCCGCAGUUGAAGCGCAAAACAACGCCGCCCGUAGUAGGCCAGCUGCUGCAACCCAAGUCAGUCCUCAAGGAGCUCGAGCACAAACUCGUUCUUCGGAAGAAGUUCCUUCAUACAACGAUAGUCAAGCAGGUCCUCCGGCUAAUGACUUUGUUUUUCAUUCUGAUUUGAGCGGACAUAAUGCAUGGAAUGUAUAAAUUACUGGAAAUAAUUCGAUGUAAAUACGUUUGUAAUGUGAGUUCUUUCUCUUGUCUAAGUGUUUAAGGGAUAUGAAUGAUUAUCUGUUGAAAUCGUGGCUUUAUCGUCGUUUAUAAUAUUUAAUACUUUUAUUUUUGUUAUGGAUAAUCCUUUAAGUAGACUCGUCACUUGGGUUUGCGUUUAUUGAUCUCCUAAAGUCAAUGCUCUCUUUUUAGAUACACUAUGAACGAUUCUAUAGUUAUUAUUAUUCUUCUAAGGCUUCCAAACUAGACCGUAGAUAUUCAGACUGAACUGCAUGAGAUUACGGCAUAAACAAUUCACCUGUAAAUAUGUUUGCUUUCCUUCGUUAGAACUCACAAUAAAGAUAUAAAAGCAGUUAGGGUAUAAAAUUAACGUCAUUAUUGCUUUUAAUGAACUACGUAAAAAAC